AUGUAUGGCGGCUCGCCCCCGCCUGGGGCGCCCUGGGUGGACGCCUAUGGCUCCUCCCCGCCACAGCAUGGCCACUACCUGAUGGCGGCCCCCGGCUAUGGCGGCUCGCCGCCCUACUCCCCGCACGGGUACUCCCCGCCCCAGGGUUUCUCCCCACCCCACCCAGGCUACCACUAUCACCCUCAGUACCCCGGUCAUCAGGGGAGCAACCAGUCUGUGGAUGCAGGCGCUGUUGCUCUGUCUGCACUCUCCCUCAGCAGGGCCAGCUCACCCACAGAACUGCCCCGCAGCAGCUCGAGCUCCUCGCUUCGCCGCGCGUCGGCCCGCAUCGCACGCAGCAAUCGUGCGGGAGGGGCUUACAAUGCCAGCGAGUAUGUAUUUGAUGCCAGCAAAGCCAGCGUUCCCCGGGGUGACCGACUGUGGACAACGGUCAUGAUCCGUAACAUCCCCAACAAGUACACCCAGUCAUUCUUGCUGCGCCAUGUCAACCAAGGAGGCUGCAAGGGCAAGUUUGACUUCCUGUACCUUCCCGUCGACUUCCGCAACGCCUGCAACCUGGGAUAUGCCUUCAUGAACUUCCUGUCUGUCGAAGCCAUGGUACAGUUUUACCAGACAUAUCAUGGCGAACGGUGGAGGGCCGAGGAAAGCUCGACCAAGGUGUGUGAGAUCACGUAUGCCAGGGUGCAAGGAUUUGAGGCCCUGGUUUCUCACUUCAAAGCUGCCAAGUUCCCUGUGGGCGAUGCGUCGGCGCUACCCCUCGUAUUCGCCAAGGUUGAGAAUGGUGUGGCCAGCUGCCCCCUCCCCAUCAAUCAGUACAUUGACACGAGUGGCGGUGAGGAGGAGGCACCCUCUGUUGAGGGCACCAGCGAGUGUGGCGAGUCUGAUGUCCUGGGCACUUCUCCAUAA